GAGAAGUAACAGCAGGCGGGAGGAAGAGCGCAGUAGGGAUGUACUGACGGUAGCGUAACCAGGGCAACUGUCCCAGGGGUAGAGUGAAACCGAGGGCAAAAACAACAGAAAAGUGUAUAAAAUGAAUCAAUAAAAGCACAGCUGCAAACCGUGCACUCGAUAUCUUCCCAAGCAAAGCACAGGAUAGGGUAGGGUAGGGUAGGGUAGGGUAGGGUCGCUUUUGUGGCUACCAAAAUAAAUAAUGUGCGCUUUUUAAAAAAUGUAAUAACUUUUAUUUACUCAAAAAAAAAAAAAAAAAAGUUAGAUCUGAGUUUAUCGUCACAUGAAGCACACCCAGAACGCUUUUCUAUAUAAUUAAUAACAAGACUUUAGCUGCACCCUCGUCAUUUCUACGAACAUGGACGUAACCCGUGGGAGUGUCAGAUGUCCUGCAGCUAGUCGCAGGAGCAGAAACGCUACGCUGCUGGUGAGACGCGAUGGGUCUGAGCUCACACAGAAUAAAGGUCACGGCAGCACUCACGUUACAAAAGACCCCCAGCAAGCUCCAGCCCAGCGGAUUCCUGAUGAUGUACCCCAGAGUGUGAGGAAUGAUCCGGGGGCAGUCCGUCUGCCGAAAGGGCGUCGGAUUCAGUACAGGGUGGCGUACACCUGGAACAGGGGGGGGAGGCUCAAGGAACUGCGCAUCAGACACCUUGGGAGAAAGUUUCUGUACCUGUGGAUUGCCAAGACCUUCGGUCGAGUCCUGCCCUCGAAAGCAAGGUCUCAUCACAGCUACAGAGUUCUCCAGAAGGCCUUCGAGGAGUGGAGGGAGGAGUGGUGGGUGAUCAGGAAGGAAUGGAAGCUCAGUGUCCGAGCACACUGCCACUACAGGUAUUACCUGUACAACCUGGUCUUUAAGGGCUGGCAGACCUACGUCCUGCACCAGCGCCAGAAGAAGCAGCAGUAUAAGGAAGCCGCCUCGUAUGAUAAUUCCCGGUGCUUGUCUGCGGCAUGGGAACACUGGCAGAUAUACGUCAGCAUGCGGAAAAUCAAACAAGACAUGCAGUCCAAAGCAAGGGAAUUCCAGGAAGCAAACUCGAUGCAGAGCGCGUGGAGGAUCUGGGUCCGGGGCCUGCAGAGGAGGCAGAGCCUGUGCCAGAUGGACGCGGCAGCACUUCAGCACUGGGCUCAAGGCUUGCAGUACAGGGCCUGGGAGCAGUGGAAGGAGGUUCUCCAACGACUGUGGCUGGAGAGAGAGAAGGAGAGGAGGGCUAUGCUUCAUUAUCAGCACCGGUGCCUCAGGAAAUCCCUCCAGGUCUGGGUCUUCUAUCAACAGCACCGCAAGGCCAAGAAGCAGCAGUACAGUCUGGCAGAGCAGGUGAGGCAGGGCUGCCUGGUCCAGCAUGUUUUCUGUGAGUGGAGUAGCGCCUGGCAGAGCAGACAGCGUGCCCGCGGCAGGCAUGAUGCGAUCGCUGGGCUAGCAGAGCGCAUCACCACACGCAGGGCGUUCAUCCACUGGAGACACUAUGUCACUUUGUGUGCUGAAGAUGCAAAGAAGAGUGAAGCUGCUGAGGAGCACUACAGGCGCCAUCUGCUGCGUAAGGGAAUGAAAGCCUUGAGCACGAAUAUCACACUCAACCGCCUCGGUCAACUCCAGAGCAACCUGGCACACCAGCAGCGCCACACUACAGUGGUGAGGAGGUUUUGGACUCUGUGGAAGCUGCGUGGUGAGGAACGUGAGGAGAAGGGGAUGCAGUCGCUAAAUCUCAGAGCAACCCGACAGUACAGGACAGUGCUGCUGCGGAAGUCUCUGACCGUCUGGACGGAAUACAUCAAAUGGAGAAGGUGGCGAAAGGCGCAGAUCGGCAGGGCUGACGAGCACUACACCAGGAAGACAUUCCCACGCUGCAUUGACACCUGGAGAGAAUUCAUUCGCCAGGAGAGACGCCACAGGGAGAUGAAAGACACGGCUACUCAGUUUUACAAAGAGACGAGACAGAGAUGGAUAUUCUGCACCUGGUGGGAGAGAAUGAACCGGCAGAAGGAAUAUCAGCUGGCUGAGAGAAUGGCUGUGAUUCAUUGUGACCGGCGCACAGCGCUCCAGUUUUGGUGUAGAUGGCGUCACCGAGCAGCCUGCCGUCUGGAAGAGAGGGAGAAGGAAGCCGUCGCGGAAGGGCAUUUUUCCCGACAGCUAUUCCGGAAAUCCUUCCGCUGCUGGAGGCAGAACGUCUCCGAGAUUAAAGCAGAAAGAGGUAAUGAGAUGCAAGCGAUAAGGCAUCAGUUCCACCACAGUCUGAGAUGGGCCUGGAACACAUGGAGACAGUAUGUGAAAGUGAGAGGAGAGAAGAGGAGGGUGAUCCUCCGAGCGGAGACGCACUGCAGACACACGCUGCUGCACAGAGUCCUGGAUGGAUGGAAGGUGUAUCAGCGAGGCGUGCAGCAAGUUCUGCACAGAGUGGAGGAAAAGGACAGGCGUCGGAAGAGAGGCUUGUUAAGGGUGACCUUCAAAGUGUGGCGAGAGAAGGCAGUGAGCCUCGCAGACGAAGCUCGAAAGCUUUGCAGAGCAGAGCAGCAUUACUGCAGGACGCUGCUUUCGAAGGCUCUGUUGGGAUGGCGAGAUGAGAUUUCCCUUCAGGUUUACUAUAGACAGCAGGAGCAGGACGCUGUGCACGAGGCUCAGAAGCACAUUGCAAUGGUGAGAUUGCAGCACAUGUUCUCACACUGGAGGGAGUUCAGUAGGAAGUCAGUGGAGCACAGGUCAAAGAUGGAGGUCGCUGCACAGCACCAUGGGAGAUGUAUUCUAAGGAAGUGCGUAUCCUCGUGGAAACUGUACCAUCACGGCUGCAUACGGAAAAUGAUGUUGUGUCGUCAGGGGGAGUGGUUCCAGGCACAGAGACUCUAUCAACACUAUUUUACCUGUUGGACAGUGCAGAUGCUGGGCAGGCAGAGAGAGGAACAGCAGACGGUCAGCGCUCUCUGGCACUGGUGCUUCAACCUGCAGGGCAAGGUGUUUGAUGCCUGGGUAGGCUAUGUUCUGGAGGAGAGAAGGAAGAAGGUUCGGGUCCAGAAAGCGGUGCAGUUCUAUCGGUCUCAGCUUCUCCGGGAGGGGGCCUCGCAGAUCCUGCGCUAUGCUGCUGACAUGGCCCAGUUCCGAGGGACGCUGGCGGCACAGCAGCAGGUCAAGUCUGCCUACAGUCUUCACCAGGUCGUUCACCGCUGUGCAAUGACUUGGAAACACAGGGCUCUCUGUCACAAAGAGAGAAGGAGAUCUCACCCAGCCGCUGUCCCUCCGAAGAAAGCGGUGACGUUCCAUCUCCCAGCCGAGGCCAGGGCUGAGCCGGAGCACAGACCGGAGCGUGUGGAAGUGGGGCUGCUCCUCGAGUACAACAGGAAGACCCUGAAACCUGAAGGGGUACCGGCGUCGCUGGGGCCCAGAGAGCCCCUUGAGGAUGAACUGGGAGUAUCUCCAGGGGCCAGGAGUCCAGUCCUACGUCAGAGGAGGCUGCAGCCCAGAAGACCCGACUUCCUGUUGCGCUCCCUGGAGAAGGAGGGGCUCCACAAGCCUGGAAGCAGCAGUAAUCCUGAGUCCCUGAGAGAACAGCCAGCUGCCCAGUCUCUGUCCAGCACAGAGAGCUGCACACAGGAAGACAGUCCAGUCUUCACGCAGCCACCCGCCCCCACUCCGCAGCCUCUCUCCAGUAAACCCGGUUCUGAAGGGACAGGGCAGCUCAGAUCUCCGCUGGUACCGGCACAAGGACCCGGGGUACCAGCAGCAGCUCCUAGGAAGCUGCCAGUGUACCAUCCGGACCUGUCUCGCCAGAAAGAGGAGCUCCUGCCACCGUCUUGUUUCAUGAUGCCCAAGAGAGGGCGAGCGCACACAAGAGUUGGCUCCCCAGGCAGACAACCUGCCAGUAAAGGUCAGACCCCAGAGCUGCUGUCUCCAGAGGUCUUCACUGUGAAAAGAGGCCGGCGCGCUCUCAGCUUUGAGGAGGACUCGGCAGAGGAAGGGGGUGGGGAUCACAGCGAGGACUGCGACCGGCAGCUAGAAGCGGAACUGCAACAGAUCCAACAGGACAUGCAGCGUUUCCAUGACAACAAGCUAAACCUGAAGACCUGGCACAAACAGGCUGAGCUGCUGAGAGCCUGGCUGCAGGGAAAUGAGGCAGAGGAGGAGGGAGAGGAAGCCCAGCAAAUACAGCAGGACCUGGAGGAGGUAAGAGCAGGAUCGGGGAAUCUGAGAGAUGCACAUUGUGUUCUGAGCAAAAGCAAUCAAAACUCUAGUUUAUUUCCAUCCCUGCAGAAUAUGAAUCCCAUUGCAGAUUGAUCCAUUCCUGCUUGUACUAAGACACACCUGAGCUUGUUACCUAUAAACUGGCUGAUCACUCUCGUAGUAAAACCUGGAAUGGGUGAAACUGCUAUGCAAUAAGAGUCUUAAUUCUAGUCCUGGUUCUGUGAAUUCCUAAAUAGUAUGUAUGUAUGUAUGUAUGUAUGUAUGUAUUUUUUUCUAUGCAUAUUAAUAUAACAUUAGUAACCCAACACCCUAAGAUGUUCCUCCUGCAGCUAUUCAGCAUUUCUUUUUAAUUUUGUUAAACGACUCUGCCAUGCCCAUCUCUCUAAAUAAAAAGGAUAGUUAGUUAGACGGGCAGUUCAGUUCCAGACCCUGCGAUCAUUAUUAAACCCGUUCUCCACUUUCCC